AUGUCAGAAGAAGCAAUUAUGCCUCUGAAUGCUCAGACAAUCAAAACAGAACCACCAGAAUAUUUAGUAGAAGAGAUUGAUGUUGAAAUAAAGGAUGAAUUUGAUGGUGUUAUUAAACCUGAAACGUGUUCUGAUGAUGAGACUUGUUUAGAAAGAUUUAUAAGCCCCGAAGUGACAAUUGAAGAGGUCGAACAGGAGAUACCCCCUUACAAAUGUGAUAUCUGUAACAGAUCUUUUGCAGAAGAAGUCACUUUAAAAGAGCAUAUGAUUGAACAUAUGGUCAAUCAAAACGGAAAGGGCCCCGCUAAAUGUGAUUUAUGUCUCAAGACAUUCAAGAAACCAUCCAUGUUAGCGAUACACAUGCUUGUUCAUACAGGAGAACGCCCUUUUAAAUGCGACUUAUGCACCUACACAUUCAAUCAACGAAGCAAUUUAAAAAGACACAUGCUCACUCACACCAAAGAGCGUCGUUUCAAAUGCGAAACAUGCUCUAGCACCUUCACGCAAAGAUCCAGUUUGAAAAAGCACAUGCUCAUCCACGCGGGUGAACUUUCCUUAAAAUGUGAAAUAUGCAGUAAACGAUUCCUAGAUUUGGAUGUUUUGACGAAUCACAUGCUCAGUCACAGUGGAGUGCGCUCACACGAAUGCAAGAUAUGCUACAAGUCUUUUAUGAAAGAAUGCCAUUUGACAAAACAUAUGCUCAGUCACAGCAGUUCACACAAAUGUGAAUUGUGCAACCAGAUAUUCACACAUAUACACCAACUGGAUAAUCACGUGUGCAUUCAAAGUUGA